GGUCUAUCCAUAGAUAAAGCAGUGAAGUUAUCAUGGCGAGCAACGAUGACGAACCGAUGCAUUUAUACGAAGUUUUCCAAAAUUGUUUCAAUAAGAUAGCGAAUAAACAAGAUAAGAGGGAAAUGACUUUUGGCCUACCUUAUCCCCCUCAGCAAGAAGAUGGCUUAGAGCAGGAAUGUGUUGACAGCUUGUCAGUUCCAGACCCUCUUCCAUCAACAGAGUCCACAUACUACCAAUUUAGUAAUGUACCUCAUCAAAGGCUAACAUCUGCAGAUGGUGGUAGAGGUGUUUCAAACAAGAGGAAAAGAGGAAUGGAAGAGAUAGAAGAACUAGAAGAACAGUGGAAUUUUCCCACAGAUGGGUUUAACCAACAAGGUGGUCGAUAUACAACACCAAAAUCAGGCCUCUAUGGAGACUCUUAUUUCAUGGAUGAGUCUCACAAUCUUGUUGACCCCUGGUCAUCCAUUCCCAACUUACCAUCAUCUUCAUACUCUUACACACCUUCAGUGACGACAAAUGGCAACUCUCAUCUCUCUUCCCCAUCUUCGUCAGCCUUUAACGGUAUCCAUCUUCCAUCAGACAGUAUGGGGUAUCCUAAUGUUUUACCUGAUGGUGAUCCAUCAGUUGUUUCACAAAGUCUUCCGCCCAUGUCCAGUUUUCGGGGUACACCCAGUCACACCCCAAUAGAAACACAUUCAACAACUUACAGCCAGAACAACACUUCCUCACCAGACCCAUUAGCAGCUAGGGGAGUACAGUUAUCAAACCAAACAGAAGAUGCACUUGGAAAAGCUCUGGCUUCAAUCUACUCAGCCGAACAUACGAGUAGUAGCUUCUCAUCUACCCCAUGUACACCUGUUAAUUCACCACCACCACUCUCAGGUGUGCCACAGUGGUCUCGUGGAAAUAGCUCUCAGAACCUCCCUCCUUCAUCAUACCCUGACAGUACCAUGCACCAGUUGCAUAGUAGAGAAGAAGAAACGCUUGAGGAUGCCAUUCAAGUCCUGUUGUACAGUAGAGAUCAGGUUGAGACAAGAGGAGUUAUGGAGGAGCGACUAGAUGAUGCUGUCAAUAUUUUAAGAAACCAUGCAGAAGGUAUUGGUUUCCAUGGGUUACCACCUGCUGGCCCACUGAAUAACUCAGUCUUAAACCUUCCAGGAGCUAGUGGACAUUCCAAUGGACUAAUGGGGCCUGUAACACACGCAUAUCCCGGGACUAUCUCAGGGCUUGCACCUCUUGAAGCCCCAUGGAUCCAGCCCUCAGUCCAUUACUAAUUCAACACUCGGAAGUAGGACAUCCUUACCAAAUGAUACAACCCAAUCUCCCAUACAAAAUGCUCUUCCACCAGACAUCAACUCCUGUGUCAAGGUUAAAAAAACCAAGGACAGAGACAAAACUUCUCAUUGUAAUUUGAGUGUCACAUCCCAGGGUCAAGCUAAUUCAAAAGGAAUGGCAGGCAC